ACCAGAUACUUCUCACCAACAAUAGUACGUAAUGCUCCUUGGGAUUCAAGCAUGCUGAAAGAAGAGAUUUUUGGGCCAAUCCUACCUAUCCAAGAGGUUAAAACGAUAGCCGAGGCCAUUGAGAUCAUCAACGCAAAACCAAAGCCCCUGGCACUGUAUUAUUUCACCAGAGAUGAAUCAGCAGCACAGCGCAUGGUGGACAGAACGUCCUCAGGAAGUGUUGUUAUCAACAAUUGUCUGAUCCAGUUUACUGCCCAAAACCUUCCCUUUGGAGGGGUUGGCGAGAGCGGCAUGGGCGCAUACCACGGAAAGUUUACCUUUGACACCUUCAGUCAUAAGAAGUCACUCCUUCGAUACCGAGAGACUAUUUUUGGUGACCCUGCGUUUUUGUACCCUCCAUUCACUCCAAAGAAGCAGUCUAUCAUGCUAGCCAUCAUGCAAGGCAGUCUAUUGCUCGCCUUUCUUUCUAUGAUUGGCCUAAGGAAGUGAGCCGCUCUCCACGUCGCCGGCUGUUCUCGUCCCGGCCUCUUCCAUUCUCUUCAAGAUUUUGCUCCGAGUCAAAUCAAGAAUAAGAGAAAUGUUUGAUGACGACACCCUGCUCAGUCAAUCCCAUGGAACCCAGGGUAUCAAUGCUAGCAGGAACCCUCUCCAUUGUGUUCUGAGGUUAUUCGGAUUGCAGAAUUUGCAGUCUGUAUAUGGGACGCUGGACCCGUUUUCCAGCAGGUGACGCUCCCCACCAAUAGAUGGAGCCUCCCCCCAGGUGGUAGUGGUGUCUGCUCUUACCAGCACCACGAUCACCUGAGGUGACGGGCUUAAAAAAAAAAAAAAAAAAAAAAAAAAAAAGAGAAAUGUAUGGACAUCAAAGAAAUGAAAGAACAGUCCUCCAUUGCCAAGUAAAUUGAAGUAAUACUGCAAAUGCAACAGGAAAAUUAUUCAGAGAUAUUGAGGCCGCUGGCCGGUCAGGUUAUCUCAUUGGAGUAUAGCCAAGUGGAAACACAUUGGUUUUGGGAAACUCCUUCCUCUUGCCUUUUUUUUUUUUUUAAAUAAAAAAUCAUAACACAAAUAAUAAUACACUUUGGGGUGACCUCCUUGACUGGAUUUGCCUCGAUGGACAUCCGGAUGAGGUCCAGUCCCCUCUGGAUACUGUCCCAGUCUGGGCUUGGUGCGGGGAACUUUGUGAGAAACGCCGGAGUGUGAAGAGAGUCGAAAACGGCCGGAGUGUGAAAAUGGCCAGUGACGGCUCGUUAGGCUGACUCCAACUGUGGUCUCAAUAUGUUCCAACUUCCAAACAAUGUUUAUGGGAUGCUGGACCCGGUUUCCAGCAGGUUCGGCUCCCCACCAGUAGAUUGGAGCACCCAGCAGACGAUACUAGGUAAGGUGGUUGCUCGUAUCACUUCACCUAGUAUACCACCGCACAAGUUUUUUCUUAAAAAAUAUAUAAAAAAAAAAAAAAGUCUGACUCCGUACUCAGUUGGCAGUUGAAAACAGGAUCAUUACCAUCAAAACUUGGGCACACUGGAAAAAGAGGAGGAAGGAGGUGGGAGGGAAAGUAGCGCAGAAAAAAGAUUCAUUAAAAUGUCAUUGUGACAACUGAAGCCGAACCGCGAGGCUCCCAACAUGUUUCGGUUGUGUCACCGUCACAGCCACCAUCAGGGGAGAUGAUUCAGUGCGCUACCUAGCUUCUACUCAGUUCCCUACAAAUAGUCCAUCAACAAGUAUUUCUUCCCGGGUUCCAGCCGAUGCAUUUGGGAGAGAGAGAGAGAGAGAGAGAGAGAGAGAGAGAGAGAGAGAGAGAGAGAGAGAAGGCGGGAAGAGAGGUGGGAAAAGAGCGGCAGACAGAGAGACAGAGAUUGGCGCAGACAGGGGGUGACAUGCUUCGUGCAGAUGGGGAAAUAGCGGGACGUAAAGGGGCAACAACAACACACAGCCCAAUCCUGAUAGCGCGGGAAGGAGAGCGGAAGGGGACGAGAAGCGAUGAGCGUGGGAAAAGGUCCAUGGCAGAUUAUACAGAUCAGUCGAGAAGCAGAGGGCGGGGCUCCACUAGCGAGGAAGCUGCUAUGACGCCAGCAGAAAUCGCAUCGACAAGAUUGGGGAUAGUCUAUCAUCGGGGUGUCAGGUGGAUAUGUCGAAGCUCUCGUGUGUUGGUGCAUUGUCUUCGAAUUGAAUGAGAAGAUCUUCUUUGUCGCGGGGCGCUGUGAUAUCACACAGAUGCAGAACAUGACGAUGACGACGUUUUACCCCUUCCAGUCCUGAAACCUUGCUCAGUAAGACCCUCAGAUAGCAUCUAAACCCAUCCUUUCGAACAGUCCAGGUUCUUGGCUGAAAAAUCCUUGGCGGCUUAAAAAAAAAGGGUCCGCCAUGGGCACCCCUUCAGCCGCAAUUCCCGGGGGUGAGUUGUUAAAUUUGGGUACUGAAUUGUUGAUGAUCCUCAACCAAAAGCUGUUUGUAUUGCAGCACUGCACCAACUU